AAAUAAAGAGAGCGUUGUUCUUAAUUCAAAUGCUCAAAGAUCGACGCGGGAGUUUCAAUCGCGGAAAAUAAGAUGAGCCUGUCUUUACGAACACAAGAGCUUAGUAAGGCUCGUUCCAAGUCAAAAAGGAGAGAGCUUAGCGAAGAACACAAGCAAGAAAUCAGAGAAGCAUUUGACUUGUUCGAUACUGAUAAAGACAAUGCCAUCGACUAUCACGAACUGAAGGUUGCAAUGAGAGCCCUUGGCUUUGAUGUUAAGAAACCUGACGUGUUAAAGAUCUUAAAAGACUAUGAUAGAGAGGCUAGUGGAAAAAUAGCAUUUGAAGAUUUCCAAGAAGUCAUGACUGACUGGAUGCUUGACAGAGAUCCUCAAGAAGAAAUCUACAAAUCUUUUCGACUGUUUGAUGAUGAUCAGACUGGGAAAAUCAGUAUACGAAACCUAAGAAGGGUGGCUAGAGAGCUUGGAGAAAAUAUGACAGAUGAAGAACUCAGGGCAAUGAUUGAUGAGUUUGAUAAAGAUGGCGAUGGAGAAAUUAACGAGGAAGAGUUCAUAGCGAUAAUGACUGGAGACACCUGAAUCAAGAGAGUCAUUGGAACCUGAUCAUGCACCCACACACAUGAUUUUUUAAGCUCUACAUCUAGUUUCUUUUUUUCCUUAAUUAUGCUACAUUUAUGUUGCAUAUUUUAGGUUUCCUUAAGAAUAUAUAAAUGCUCUAUUUAUACCCAGUAGUUUACCGAAUAAAGUUUGCUAGAUUUGAUAUCUGUAUUGAAUGUGCAAUCGGGCACAUUCUGUACUGGUAUUUUAAUAGAUGAUCAAUUGUUGAUUGCAAUCUGAAGUUAUUGAUUUUAUGUAGUUUGAUAUAAUAUCAAAAUUUGCUUUUGGUACACUUUAAAUAGCGAUGCUGACUUCUGUCUGUGAAUGUCUUUUUUGGUAGCAUUGGAAUAAAUUAUGUUGUGACCCUGCGCUGUUGAUUGACACUCUAUUUAAUGGCAUAUUUAUAGAGCUGCAAACAUCACUACUUUAAGUAAACAAAUUUUCCCAUUUCAUUUGCUAUUGUUCUUACCCGUUAAACUCUCAAGUAAGGUCAUUGCCUUCUCAAAGGCAUCAUAUUUCAUGGAGUAUUGUAUGUGUACUAAAGCAUAAUUUCAUAUUAUAUUAUAUCCUCUUGUCCAAAGUAUUAUGCAGAUUUAGAGAUGAAUAUAAUUAUAGUUUAUGGAAGAAA